AUGCUCGGAAAGAAGGAGGCGCUGCACGUGAGAGAGCUAUCCUCCCUAACCACCGAAGCGUCACUCCGGGCGUCGGGGAUGGAGCGACGAUCUCCGGCCGCCGUAAACCCGAUUGCGGAAAGCGAGCAACCUGCCAGAACCAGUCCUGCGUACCGUAGCGUUUACACUCACCUCAAAGACCCAGAGACCAUCACAGAGGGGGCCCACUAG